AUUUAGAGAAUAAUUCAAGUUUCCUUCUCUGUUUAUAAAUUGUAUUUCUAGAUCUUUACACUUCUGUUUAAUUGUGCAUGAAGUGUGUUAUGUUAGGUUCUAUGUAUAGGAAGAGGAGCGACUAAAGUACACAGUGGGGGUGAAAAUUGUAAGACUUAAGGACAGGAUCCAAAGACCAUCUUCAGAUUAGCUGUGGAAAACUCUAAUUUUCUUACUGCAAGUAAUUCAGAAUCACGAGUUUCACAAGAAACAACUUUAAAUGGCGUGUGAUUUAGGAAAGGAUUUUGUUCCCUCACCUUUAACUAUGCCAUUGUACUGUGUCCUAACUUUACACUGUAAUCCUAUCCAUACAUGUUCAUAUCUUGCACAGCACUACUGAAUCAAGAAAUUACUUUCCUUGUUCCAUUUGUAUUCGUCCUCGUACAUAUUCCGAUUUCUUGAAGCAAUUCUUCAACUUUCUUAGUUGCAAAUUCUAGGCUAAACCAUUAUUUGUCAGACUAAUAAAUCCUUGACUUGUUCAAAAGAAGCUUAAUUAAUGAAUGGAAGCUAGAUAACAAAAGGGUAGGCAGAAAAGCAAAAGGGAAAAAGAAGCUGAGAGAGCUGAGACUCAAGUAAAGUUUUGCAGUGCGUAGAACUUUGAACUACGAUAUGGAUUACGACCAAAGAUCAGAGGCUCUCUCUGGCCCUCACUGGAAGGGUGAUGGCUAUUCAAUAUCGUCAGAUAAAGCAUGUCCUGCAACAUGCAGAGUGCCAGCCAAGGCUCUAAAUAUUAUAUGGGGCAAUGAUCCCCGGUUUUGGCAAUGGAUCAAACUUUCAGAAUUGGAAACAAGGUCAGUUGGUUUCGACGAAGGUGCAAGGCUCCUUCAAGUUAACUGGAUUGAGGUCACUGGGAAAUUACCCACAGCUAUGUUCAAUGUUGCUUCAACUACAAAAUACGAAGUAUAUUAUGUCAUGAAAUUUCAGGUUGAUGCAUUUGGUUGGCAUUCUGUUCCAAUCAAGUUCAAGGUAAGACUCAAUGGACAAGAGACGGUGAAAAACUUUGUACUCGAGUCUUACAAGGAGAAACAUGAUGUGUGGCAUGAGAUCUGCGGUGGCGAAUUUACAGUUUCAAAGAAUGCAGCUGGAGUUGUAGAAUUUGGUAUGUUUGAAGUUAAAAGUGAGUGGUGGAAGGGUAGCGUGGUUCUUGCAGGUAUCAAGAUUAGGCCAAAAGAAGGUUAAAAGGUGGGGAAUGUUUUUUUUUUUUUUUGUAAGAGUUCUAAAUCUGGAAAUUUAGGCUAAUUUUAUGUUUUUCUUUUAUUUUCUUUUUGAUGAGCUGUGUUGUUUGACAACAAACAAUAAAAUAAAAAUGACUCUUAUCGGUAUCAAGUCCUGUGAUAAGGGUUUGGCAGGCAGAACAAGCUCCAUAUUGCAUAAAAGUAAUCCAGGAUUCUCUUUUUAUAUUCUCAAAAGUCCGGAAACCAAUUUGCAUUCAGGGAAUAUAACUUUAAUGGAUGCUUUGUCACAGAAUAAGUACUUUUUCUUUUAUAUUGUAUGCAAUAUGUAACUUUUUACUUUCUUUGAUUGAUGAAUGUUGAUGAAAACAACCUCUGCAUCAUCAA